UAAUCUCUCGCAUUUCUACCUCCAUCUCUUGUGUAUAGAACGCUACAUGCUCAGUCAAACCUGUUCACCAAGGCAAUGGAUGAGCGAGCUGAGGAAGAAAACCUAAUCUUAGAGACAUGGCCAAGACUUCCCCCAUUGCAUUCCACCAUCCACCACCUCAGUAUAAAUCUCCAACACCAAUACGAGCUUCAGUACCAUCACAUUCCUCAAAGCUUAAGAUAACAUGGCAGCUCUCUUGUUUUCAUUCGCCAUUUCUCUUCUUCUCUUGGCUCAAAUCCCAACCAUCGCUCCUGCCGCCACUAAACCUGUCAUCUUUGUGUUUGGCGAUUCACUCUCGGAUGCUGGCAACAACAACCAUUUUCCAUACUCCCUUGCUAGGUCGGACUUCCCCUGGUACGGGAUUGAUUAUUUCAGUGGUCUUCCAACAGGAAGAUUCACCAAUGGAAGAACAAUAGGAGACAUCGUAGCUGCUAAGCUGGGGGUCCCAUCUCCCCCACCAUUUAUGUCAGUGUCCAUAAAUGAUGAUGCAAUCCUUCAUGGAGUCAACUAUGCUUCUGGAGGAGCAGGAAUACUGAAUGAAACUGGAACUUACUUUGUUCAGAAACUAUCUUUUGACGACCAGAUUAGCUAUUUUCAGAAGACCAAGGAUGUGAUAACUCUUAAAAUAGGGAAAAGGGCUUCUGAAAAACUAUGCAACGAGGCACUCUUUCUCGUCGGCCUUGGAAGCAAUGAUUACAUUAACAACUUCUUGCAAUCUGGCUUAGACGAUGCGAAAAAGUAUACUAUCACUGAGUUCGAAGAUCUCUUGAUUAACACAUUAGAAACCCAACUAACGAGGCUGCACAAGCUCGGAGCAAGGAAGGUGGUCUUCCAUGGGCUUUCGCCAAUGGGUUGCAUUCCAUCUCAGCGGGUGAAGUCAAUGGAUGGUGGAUGCUUGGGCUACGUGAAUGACUAUGUGAGGCAAUUCAAUUCGAGGGUGAAGAAUCUAAUUGCCGGGCUCAACUCCAAUCUUCCUGCUGCUCAAAUGGCUUUUGCAGACUGUUACAACAUAGUUUUGGAUCUCAUUAAUAACCCACAAGUUUAUGGGUUUAAAAUUUCUCACACUUCAUGUUGCAAUGUGGACUCGACUAUUGGUGGACUUUGCUUACCCAAUUCCCAACUCUGCAGCAAUCGAAAAGAUUAUGUGUUUUGGGAUGCUUAUCACCCAACAGAUGCUGCAAAUGCUGUGAUUGCUAAUCAAAUCUUUGAUGAUCCAGAUGUCGGACAAGUUCAUCCUGCACUUCGGAACAUCGCUCCGUCCCCCUCCCCCCGUUGAUGGUUAUGGAACAUUAAAAGUUCUCAUGGACAGGAAUCACUUUGAUAUACAAAAUUUUACACUCUGUAGUGCCAUCCAUUUAGUAGUCAAUGAUACUGUCUCGUCCUGCUGUUUUUCAAUACCGCUA